GGUUGGCAAGCAGAGAGGGGAGGAAGUAGCAGAAACCUCACUGACUUCGGCACGACGAGUCCAGCUGCAGAAUCUUCCUCCUUCUGAGGCAGCCCACCCUCCCUGUUCUGCCGAGAGCUGGUCCCCCAAGCUCUGCACUUCGAGAUCAAUGGAGCCUGAGCAGAUUAGAGAAGGCUACCUCGUCAAAAAGGGAACAGUGCUGAACUCCUGGAAGGUGGUAUGGGUGGUGCUUUCAGAAGAUGGACUGGAAUUCUACAAGAAGAAGACGGAUCGCAGUCCCAAGGGUAUGAUCCCCCUGAAUGGUGCAACGCUCAUGUGCCCAUGUCAGGACUUCAGCAAGAGGAUGCUGGUAUUUAAGGUCAGUUCCGCAAAAAAACAGGAUCACUUCUUCCAAGCCUCCCAUUUGGAAGAUAGAGAAUUCUGGGUCAAGGAUAUCAAGAGGGCCAUCAAUUGUUUGAAUGGGGGAAAGAAGUUUGCCAGGAAGUCGACGCGGAAGUCCAUAAAAUUGCCGGAAACGGUCAACCUGAGUCAGCUGUACACCCAGAUGAGAGACCAGGAGACUGGAAUCAAAGAGCUGAAACUCGAAAAGGAGAAUAAAAUAUUUAAUUAUUGCUUCACAGGAAACUCGGUCAUCGACUGGCUAAUUUACAAUGAGAAGGUUAGAAACCGACAGGAGGGACUGAUGCUGGCCACAGGCCUGCUUACUGAGGGUUUCCUACAAGCAGCUGGGGAUAUAUCCAAGGAGGGCGCUGAGGGCACAGCAGAAUCCUCCUUGUUGGACCAGUCCGAUGCCUUUUACUACUUUGCUGACAGCGGCUUCUUCUGCGAGGGGUAUUCAAGCGAUGAGGACGCCAUUGUGAAAGAGCAGUUCAGAGGAAACAUCAUCAAACAAGGCUGUUUGGUGAAGCAGGGCCAUCGAAGGAAGAACUGGAAGGUGCGAAAAUUUGUCCUCCGAGACGACCCCGCGUACCUCCAUUACUAUGACCCCACAAAGGGUGAUGAGGACCCACUGGGCUCCGUCCACUUGCGUGGGUCUGUGGUUACGGCCGUGGAGCACAUUCCGGAGGCUAAGAAGUAUGACAUAGAGGGGAACCUUUUUGAGAUCAUCACAUCAGACGAAAAGCAUUACUUCCUGCAAGCUGCCUCGACAGAGGAGCGCAAGGAGUGGAUCAACAACAUUCAGAUUGUGGCCAAGUCCGGAAAAUAGUGUCAGGGGCAGGACUGGGGUGUCAUACGUGUCUGAAACCAAUUAGACAGCUUAACCUACUAAGUCAGAAGAACUGGGCGAUAGGGCACUGUCAAAAAAACAGAAAUACUAACAGCCUCACUCUUUAUUAUUAUUUUCACGAAAAUGCUUUUGUUUUCGUCAUUUAUGAAGCUGAUGUAAGAGAUUACAUCUUUACUUCCAGUUGAGUACAAGCACUGUGUCGGUUUUCAUGAUUAAAGAGUAUGUUUUUGUGGUA